ACGCCGGCGCUACCUGCGGGUCGGGCAGCCGAGGCGGAGCGCUGCGCGAGGCGCUGCGGAGCCGCGCAGAGCCGAGCCCAGCCCAGCCCGCCGUCCGCCACCAUGUUCCAGGGCCCCGAGGCCGACUCGGCCAAGCCCAGCUCCAGGGUAUUGAAGCCCCCAGGAGGAGGUUCUAGUAAUCUCUUUGGGAGUACAGAAGAAGUUUCUUCUUCAAGCCGGCCACAUCGGAUGGCAUCCAAUAUCUUUGGAGCAUCAGAACAACCUCAAAACAUUCCAAAAAGAACGAACCCUCCAGGAGGAAAAGAAAGUGGUAUUUUUGAGGAUUCUAGUUCUUCUCAGCCUCGUCCACGCAUGAAUCCACCUGGUGGGAAGACAAGUGAUAUCUUUGGAUCUCCUGUAUCCACCGGCGUUGUGCGAGCUCACCCAAACAAGCCUAAGGAUCACAUUGUCUUGAAAGAAGAUGAAACACCAAAGAAGCUAGAAGCUACAGAAAAUGUCAAACCACAGCUGGAAGAUGGAGGUGAGAAAAAAGAUCUGGGCAAAGAGGAGCGAUGCAAGGAGCCAGAACCCAAGAUAGACAAUCACGAGCCCCGACUGGGGCCAAGGCCACGCUCACACAACAAAGUUCUCAACCCGCCGGGGGGGAAGUCCAGCAUUGCAUUCUACUAGGGUCAUCUGUUCGCUUUCACUAACGGAGUCUGCACAGAAACACUUGUCUGUGGUUGCGAGGUUGGUUUAUAGACUGUUGUUUGUCAAUAGAUUCUUAGGCAGAUGGAUAAGGGUUAUGCUCGAGUGUGUAGGAAGGGUAACCUGGUGAUUUGGGGAGGGAGGGCUGGGGAGGGAAAGGACAGCCUGUGGAAGAUGUGAGUAUUGGCUUGCCUGGGUGGGUGGCAGAGGGGGACAUUAGUGUAACUUUGUGAAAGAUCAGUGCUACUUUGUGGUGAAUUCAUCUCAGACUGUUAGGUUCUUAGCUGGUUAGCGGCUCAGGACACUCUUGUGGAGUCAGGCUUAGCCAUACAGUCAACAUGUACAACAGCGUGAAUGGGCAGGGACCUGGAGGUCACAUCUGAAAGGUUCUGCAGCGCAGCAGGUAGGCUGUGCUUUCCUCUGGGCGAUAGGAUGCAGCUUCACAGUGUGAGGUGACUUGCACUUUAAUGUAAAUACAUUCCACUGGAACAAGUAAUGCUACCGUGGUUUUGAGUGUCUUCAGUCUUUGGUUCUCUCUUCCUCUUUUCUUGCUUUGCAGCACGAUUGCUGAUACAAGGACAAAACAUGCUGAAAGUUUCAUUUGUACUCAUAAACCAUCAUACGUUAAAAAGUAUCGUGGUCUUCCCUCCUCAGAGUAUUCAGGCUUUUCUGAUGCCUUCAGUAAUCUGCUGAUUACUACAACUAGCUCUUGACAAGUGGUAAUGCCAGUCCAACAUGCUGUUUCAUGUAGGUGCUUCUAGAAGACUUUUAUUUAACGUAUCCUGGGUGAGUGCUUGCAUGGUUUCUGGUAAAGAUGUGGGUGCAAAUGUGAAGAUGUGGGUGCAAACAAUACCUUUAUGGUCCUCCUUGAACAGAAGUAACUUACAGUGUACGAUUACAGUGGAGAGUAUACCAGGUUGUCCAGACAGCUAGCUUUGACCCAGCCUGUAUAGAAAUGCCUUUGCUUCUGCAAAGGUUUUUACAUUGUGCCCUGCAGAAACCAGGAUUGUUCUGCUGCCUUCACCACAGUGCAUUUUUUUGUUUGUUUGUUUGUCUGUGCUGACUCUGUUAGUGAAUUCUCUCGUCUUUGGUCAGCCUUACGUUUUGCCUUUGACUGCCUCAAAUUUUUGUUGGUAAGGUUGGGAGAACUAUGUGGAUUCUCCCCAAACCACAGCUGUAGUUGUUUUGAGAUGUGCUGUAGACGAUCCUAGUUGAAGAAACAAUGACUUUAGCAAUACAAACCUUUUGGUUGUGCUGGCUAUUUUAAAUCGUGUUUGGAAGACGUGCAUAUUUUGCACAGACAUCUGUUAGGGAGGGUAGCUCCCAUCAUUUGUUCUCUGAAUGGACUUUCUUAUCAUUUCCACCAAAGAACGAGUGGCCUUACCUGCGUGUGUCUGCUGCUGCUCUAGCCCAGGUCCCCUGGGAACAGUGACUGUUCAGAGGGGACUGCCUCUGGGCCAGGUGCUAAAACACUGAUUUUAUAGUGCUUACUAGACUGCCUAGUUCAGUUGAUGUUGGAAAUGGUGGAUGUCUACAUGAAGACUUAGUUGCCGUUUUGGAUAGUGAAAUAUAUGGGGCAGUGCUGAAGGUAGAAAUAGCCAUGGGAAGUAGGGAUUUCAAUGCCUUUGUACCUUUCUGAUCCGUUUGGAGCUCCCUGUUACUUGUUGGCCACCUAGGAAAACAAGACAGCAAUUGUAACUGCAACCGUGGAAUGGAUUUUUCUUACUUCUAAACAUGUAUUUCCUAGAAGCUGUUCUUAAGCCUGUGCUGUUUAGCCUCUGGCUGAGUCUCGGACACAUCUAUUUGUUUCAGUUCCUUGUUCCAGCACUUGCCAAGGGUUUUAAGAUGCUGCCAUGUGGAAAAGUCAACCAGAGGCUGCUUUCUGCAUUGAAGGGUCUGGUGUGAUUGACCUGUCUGUAAUACUGAGCUUAGACUUGGCAUCUUUUAUAGUACCUGAUGUGCAUUGGCUACAGUGCCUGUCUUUUAAACAGCAACUUCCAGCUAGGCCUUAAAUUAGUUAAACUAUGUUAAUUUUCUUGCAUUUCUUUCUUUGGAAUGUAUACCAUGUUUUUCAGCUUGUCAAGUGAGAUUGAUGAGAGCACUUCUCCGGGACAGAAGGGGAUUGGAAAUCAAAUGAUAAAUCAUGCAAUUGUCAAUAAACCUCUGUAUUUUGUUACUUCA